AUGGUCACGAGGGGCCGGAAUAUCGAGGCCAUCAACCGAACGGCAAGGGCACUUCCAGAGCUGGAAGUUAUAUAUAGUCAUUUGGAGUUCCAUAUAGUCACAGAAGAAGAUUCGAUUUCGCGUUUGCAACAUUUGAAAAGCCUCGCUCAACUCCACAGUGUGCCGUUGGAGUUUGCACCCCGAAAGGCCAAAUACAAAGCCCGUGCAUUGGAGUGGUUCCGCCAGAUGCAGGCUUUCACUCCUCAGGACUGGAUUCUCCACAUCGAUGAGGAGACAAUGCUGGACGAAUUCGCCAUCCGCUCAUGCCUGGAGAAAAUUGAGACGGACUCCGAGGCCUCCAUCGCCCAAGGAGUCAUUUUGUACAACGCCCAUCACUACUGGAAGAACAUCCUGACCACGUACGCCGAUUGUGUGCGUACGUUGGACGACUUUGGCCGAUAUCAAUUUCAAUUCAAUCAUGCCCGCCGCCCAGUCUUCGGCAUGCACGGUGCAUUCCUCUUGAUCAAUGGAGAGGUCGAAAACAAAGUGACCUGGGAAACGGACAAUCUGACAGAGGAUUACUGGUUCGCACUGCAGGCCGACCGUCUCGGAUUCAGAUUCGGCUGGAUUCCCGCUAUUGUGAGAGAGCAAUCGCCAAGCAGUCUCUGGGAUUUCUGGCAACAACGCCGACGUUGGGCGAGCGGAAUUUUGACUGUCAACGCGCAUUUGGCUGUGGCUUUCGUGACGCUCUGGGCAUGGCAGUCUUUGGAGGUUGUUUUGUGGCUAUCCAUUCUGUUCGUGGACUGGCCGUCACGAAUUCCGAAUUGGCUUUGGUUUGCUGCAUUCGCAGAAAACAGCGUCUCCCUGACUGCCACGGGUCUUUCGCUCGCUCUCCAGAGAUAUUCUUUCAUCUGCAUCCAUCUCGUAUUUACCAUGUUGAGUCAGUCUGCAGCACUACCUCGCAAAAUCUGGCAGCUUUGGCUGCAGCAAGACCAUGGCCCUGACCUUGCCACCGUCAAAGAUCAACAUACACAUCUAAUCUCGACCUGGAAAACGCACAAUCCGGGCUGGACUCACCACAUCCUCGACAACGACUUAGCUGAGGAGUUAGUGACUAAGGAAUUUCAGCUGCAUCCAGACAUCCUCAGAGCCUGGAGCAUGGCGCCUAUUCCGAUCUUGCAAGCGGAUUUGUUGAGAUACCUUGUCUUGUACAUUGAAGGCGGUGUCUACACUGAUUUGGAUACGGAGUGCAUGAAGGGCGUCGAGGAGUGGAACAUCAACUGCGGGGGGCCAGAGGGAGAUUUUGAGCUGCUUUUGGGCGUCGAAUACGACAAUGUCGACGGCCAAAGACUCCCGCUGUUUCCAGACGACAUUCAGUUCGCGACGUGGACCAUCGCUGCGAAGCCGAGAAGUCAACUCUUAUGGAGCGUCAUCCGUGAGAUUGCGGACAAUUUGAACUCACUCACUGAGGAAGGAAUCGAGCGCAGUAGCCUCACAGCAACACUUGUCAUGGAGCUCACAGGGCCUCGAGCGUUCACACACGCUCUCUUACGGACACUCAGCGAGAAGACGGGCAGAGUCGUAGGACACGCUGAUUUUACCCUGUUGAAAAAGCCAACAGUGAUAGGCGGCCUGGGUGUGUUGCCGGUGACAGCCUUCGCAUGCGAGCAGCCACAUUCAAAUGCCGGAAAAUGGACACAUCCAGAUGUUUUGGUCAUCCAUAAAUAUCACCAUUCCUGGGGAGGACAGAUUGAGUAG